AAUCAAACGUGGGCUCAUCAGCUAUAGCACUCUCCCUAGUCCCUCAUGUGCCCUCGAGUGCUCGUCUGCUCGUCUGCUGUCGGCGGUCAGGUACUGUUCUGUAGCAGCGACGUCGUCUAUCAGGGUGCAAAUUUGGCUAUCCAGUCGAUUUGUUAAUUGCCGAUGGCUAGCUCUCUACAACGCUUCUCCACCCGUGCUUGUGUUUCUCGAACCACUAUUGUCCAAGGGUCAAAACCAUUCCUGGUGGACGCGGUCGGGAUUCUCCCUACUAUUCCAGAAGAAAAUUGUCACAGUGAGGUUGUAAUAGGCUCACCUGCUAGGACUGCAACUCAACAAGGGUCAGGGUCCCUAUCAAGAUUUGCUACUGCUCUUUCUCGCCCUUUCAGCUCAGCCACUACAGCAAAUGAGACUCAGACUCAGAAGCUUGAGCGCAUCGCUGACGAGCUCCUCAACCUCACAAAGAUCGAAAGGCACGAUUACUCCAUCCUCUUCAGGCUGAAAAUGGGCCUCAAUCGGUAUGGCCCGGCAAUCUCUGGAAUUGGCCCGUCAUCUUCUGAAUCCGGGCCUGCCUCCACAGAUGCCAAGGCUGUUGAGAAGACUGCAUUUGAUAUAAAGAUUGAGAAGUUCGAUGCAGCGGCAAAGAUCAAGAUCAUAAAGGAGGUUAGGACUUUCACUGACUUAGGACUGAAGGAGGCUAAAGAGUUGGUAGAGAAGGUCCCUGUUGUGGUGAAAAAGGGCCUGACUAAAGAGGAGGCAGGGCCCAUUGUUGACAAGCUUAAGGAGUUGGGCGCUACUGUGGUAUUGGAAUGAGAUGAGUUCUGUCCUUUUGUUUUGCUUUUCAGUUUAUUUUAUUUUAUUUUAUUAUAUUUUAGUUUUUCUCUCCCCAUAGAUUAGUGACAAUGAGUUAAAUGAUAAAUGGAGACAAUAUUUUUUAGAGUGUGUUGAAUUGGGACUCUUAAGUUUAGGGUUAGGAUGGUUCCUAAUUAUUCCCUCCACCUAAUGGUUUACUUUUGUUAUUGUCUUUCAUAUGAUUCACCCUUUUUCUUAUUGUUAUAUUAUUGACCUAAAAAUCAGCAGAUUUGCUGAGAAAUGCUAUGUUUAUGGCUACUUUUGAAGUUCUUGUCA